CACGCUCACUUCAGGGAAGCUUGAUACAGGCGAUCCGGAUUCUCAAAAGUCAAAACCCUCCUCAGCCCUGAAGAUGAAACGAAUUUCUCUUCCAUUGAUCUUCUCGAUUACCGCCAUUUCCGGCUAAUGUUGUUCGAUUUUGCUCAUAUCAUCACAUUCAACCUCAUACUAACUAGUUAAACUGCCGAGUCGACUAAUUCAUGGGAGUAAAAGGAUACUGUGAAGUGGGUCGGUCUCUGAUUGGAAAAUGGAGGACUUGGUCUCGCUAUCCGGUAUCUUUGUGGGUUCGGAGCUUACGAUCAAAUGCGGCACUGGAAGCCAUUGCUAAAGCUUCGGAAGAGAAAGUUCCCAAUGUUGUGCUUUACAAUUACCCCUCUUUUUCUGGAGCAUACUCGGCUCUUUUUGCUCACCUCUUCCACUCUCAUCAUAAUAUCCCAUGCCUUAUUUUGCCUUUCUCUUCUGUUGAGCCUCUCAGAGUUGAAGAUUUAACCAGUGAAGGCCUUGAGACAUGUUAUCUGCUUGACUUUCUCUGUCCGAAAGAGUUUCUUUUGAAACUUUCACAGCAAUCAGAAUGCAAGGUAAUUGGGUUUGAUCACCGGAAAUCAGCAAUUUCAUGUAUUCCCGAUGCCAAUGAUUGCCCUGAGAAUCUCACUAUUCAUGCAAGCCUUGAGAAGAGUAGCUCUAGUGCUGUUUACGAAUACUUCUCCACCAAACAUGCAGAUAUUGGAAAUCCUGAUGGUGUGGUUCCAAGUUUGCUGGACUCAAAAGCAAAAGUUCGUGUGGAACUUGUUCUUAAAUAUAUUGAGGAUGGAGAUCUUCAUCGAUGGAGCUUGCCUAGCAUAAGGGCCUUUAACAUUGGACUGGGUGAAUGGCGCUCAAAAUUCAAUUGCCUUGCUAAUCCAUACAUGUAUGAGCAGUUGCUGGAGUUAAGUGCUGAUGAUUUAAUUGCUAAGGGAAACUCAUAUCUUUCAUCCCAACAGAAUGCUGCGAGCAAAUUGCUGGGAAAAGUCUUCAGGGUUCGGCUGGGUAGAGGAUUUUAUGGAGAGUGUCUGGGAGUUAGGGCAGAUGGGAACUCGAAUUUAAGUGAUGAAAUUGGCAAACUACUGAGUGCAAAGAGCGCUGCUGCUGGUCUAAGGCCUGUGGGAGCUGUGAUAUUCAUGCAAAGGAACAAUCUUAAAAUGUGCCUGAGAAGCACUGAUAAUGCCACAGAUACCUCUGAAAUUGCAAAAGCAUAUGGUGGAGGAGGUUCCCCAAGUUCAAGCUCCUUCAUAAUAAGGAUGGAUGAGUAUAAUCAAUGGAUUCGAUGAAUUCAUUAUCAUUUAGGCUCCACAGGCAAACAUCUGAGAGAAUCAAGCAAUGCAAAUGAUAUGCACAACAAAACCAACAAAUGCUAUUGGCUAGGGCUGUGCAGAGAACCAAGCAACCUGGCAAACCUGCCCUGAUUUCAUGAUCCUCUUUGCCUUCCUUCUGAUCAACUACUUUAUGAUCUAGUGGUACACUUAUAGAGUUGUGGGUUGAUUGAUCUGCGGUUUAAGUUCUCAGUGUAUCUUCUAUAUGUUUUUCUGGGGUUCUGAGAAAUAAACAGACCCAGAUCCUUUGUGACUUGUAUGGCUUUGUUAAUAGGUCCGCUAAAAAGAAGCUGGUUUAGACUGAACCCAGCUCAAUCAUGUGUUGGGUUGUCCCUAGACAGGCUUGGCGUUGGUUCAAAUUUCUAACAUUGGUGUUAGUAUGGGAGGAUGGUUCUUCUCUGGUAAAGUUACAUUUUCUA